AGUUAUCAAAAACAAGAUGGAUUCGACGCCGUCGACCAGGAGUAGGAACCGCAGUCCUCGUGUACCGCCCGCAGCAUCGACCCAAAAUCGUAGCGUCGCCCAGCCUCCUGCUCAGAAUGGCUCCACCCAGGACUGGAUAGAACCGCCGCUCGCAUCGCCCAUCCCGAGUUUCGAAGACCACGGNGGAGGUCCUUACGGAGUCCUCGAAGACAUGCAAGCCCUGGGCAGUCGGCCGACAGCAAAGGUCAGAGGCAGGGUGAAGCCAGACGCUCCUAAGAAAAGCGCUCUGGGCAAAUCUCUUGCCAACCCCAUGGCCACCGCAUCCAACCAGGGCACGCCAGAAGCAACUCCUGCACCUAUGGAUCCUCUGCCCGAACAGCCUCUGGUCAUCGUCGACGAUGAGCGUGAUGAUGAUUACACGCCACGUCCAUCCAAGAAGCCUGCGAAAGCCCGUCUCUCGCGCUCCGCUGCCAACACGGUCAAGUCGACUGCUUCGCCGAAGCCCACUACACCUUUGGUUGCAGCCUCUGUGACUCCUGUGCCUUCAUUUGUUCCUACCCCUGUCGCCUCGGCCACACCAAGUGCUCCCCCUUCAGCUUCUGCCAAGCGCCCUCCUCCAAGGCCCGCCUCAGAAGAAGAGGUUGCAAAGUACCUAGAAUCAUUCGAUCAGACUAUACCGCUGCCCGACGAUGACCAACAGCUUAAUUUGUAUGGGAUUGUAAAAGCUGCUGUCAAAAAGUCUCUAGAGGUCGGGAAUAGGUAUCUCGGUCUCGCUAUCCAGGACGUUUAUCUCGAAAGCUUCUCCAAGCCACAUUUGGUAGAUUUGCUGCAAGGUAUUCUCGACCAGACCUCGACACCUCAAGAAAUCGCCAUUUUCAGAGAGCAUAUCAAUCGAGCCAAAAAGAGGAUAAGGGCUGCUGAAGAGAUGAAAGACAAUAAGGACGUUGCAAGUGAAGUAAAGCAGGUUUCUUCACUGGCACCCGAGAUGAUUCCGCACCCUUCUAUUGAGACUCAAGCCGUUCCACGAAAACCAAAGAUUUCACUCAAGAUAGGCAAGAGAACAACGCAGAGCGUCACCAAGCCUGCCAAAACCCCAGCACUUCCUCCACCCACAACUAAGACGCGUACAUCAAGCGUGUCGAGCUCUUCGUCCUUAUCGUCACUCACUUCCAUCGAAGAAGAAAUGCCACCUUCCGACCCAUUACGAUCAUCGGCACCUGCAGGCGCUCCUACUAUGCUUGCAGCUCCUCCGCAGACAAACGGCUCUAUGAAGCGCUCUUCAAUAGAAGCAGGAAAUGACGAAAUCGAUCGCGAAUUUCAAGCGAAGAAGCAGAAGUUUGACCAGACAGUCAACCGUGAUGCUCCUACGGAAGAAAGCCACGUACGACCAGAUCUACCGGCCAUUUCCAGCGCACACCAAAAUCUGAUCGUACCACCCGUGCAACUCACCGCCAACGGAGCCCACAGCAGAGACAAUCAAGCUGGUGCAGUAUCGCCUCUGACUGAUGUAUCCUCGCCGCUCUCGUCUGCAUCCCGUAACAAUACGCCCAAGAGAGCUUCUAUGCCUGCCAAGAUGAUGAAAAAGAAAGCCAAAACCAAGCACUCGCCAGUCAAAAAGCAAGCACCUGGGCAAAGUGCUGACGAGGACGGAACAAGCCGUAGAGCCAGCCCCAGCGGACCUGAUGUGAACGAAGAGGUACGGACUCCUUGCUAUCAUUUCCUCCCCAGCACAUUCCAUGUCAUCCCUUGCAAUACCAGCGGAUUUCUUCUUUGCUGUGACGGCUGCGACAGUUCGUUCCAUCUGCACUGUCUUGACCCCCCUUUGAGCCAAAACGCGCCUGAAUUGAACGAGGCUUGGUACUGUUUCGGCUGUACCGCAAAGCGCGCACAACCCCAGAGACAGUCCCGUGGCCUCUUUGCUGCGUUGCUUCUCAACCUUGAAAAGCGCAAUCCAUCAAAUUUCAUGCUCCCACAGGACAUUCGCGAAUACUUUGAUGGCGUUGCAACCGCUAAGGACGGCAAAUUCGUAGAGCAACUUGCUACAAAGACUCGAAGAGGAGCUGGAUACGAAGAGCUGCCCGAUCACUUCAAGACAAAAGAUGCUAAAGGGCAAGCCAUCUUAUGCUACAACUGUUCUCUUUCGUCCCUUGGUCGGCGCGAGAUUAUCACCUGCGAUCAGUGCAGCGCACACUGGCACCUUGACUGUCUCGACCCCCCUCUUGCAAAUGUCCCCUAUCGCGACCACACUGGCAGAAAGAUUCGUGAUUGGCUCUGUCCUCUUCAUGCUGAUCAUAUGCUUCGCCAGAUGGAAGUGCCUCGUUUGGCUGAUCGCCAGUUUCAGAGGGAGCGGAGAGUACACAUGCGCAGACCUCGUGCUGCAAAGGUCGUUGAUAUCGCCCUCAACCGCGACUUCAUCAACGAUGGCGUGGUCGAGAUCGCUAAUGACUCGAGUGAUGAUGAGUCCGAGUUUGAAGAAAUCGAUGUCUCAGGUGUUGUCUAUCGUCUUCCUGAGAAGGGCAUCAAGCUUGAUUUCAUUGACAGAGUCAGACGAAGCCAAGCAGCCGAACAGUACUACAACAAUCGCCAGACGAACCCUCGUCCGAGCAAGAGAAGAAAAGUCCUGCACCACGACGAGAAGGACAGCUUCUUCCGCCGCUCCUUCGUCGAGCAGCGUACUGCGCUUGACUUGGUUGGUCUUGCCAAUCAGCAAGCCGACCUUGACUUCGUCGGAGAUCAAGUCAGCAGCCUUCUUACUACCCUCAUUGCCGAAGCGCCAGCUGAUGUGGUUGAGCAAAUGAUCGAAGCGGAGAAGGCAGCCAAGUCGUCUGACACAACAGGUCCGCCCUCACCUCCGGCAUCAGACCAACACACAGAGCAAAGCGCUGCACAGCAACGCAAGAAGCUGGAGCUGCUCCAAACACUCAUUGCAAGAAAGCUUGCCGCCUUGCCCGAUCAG